GCAGGGAGGGGAGGGGAGGCCACACGCGGGCGGGCCGCCGGCCCCUCGCCUCUUCCGCCCUGCCGCCGCCACACGGGCCGGCCCCGCGGAGAUGGCGGCCAGGCGGGGCACCGACGAGAUGCGGGAGCGCGUGGUGCUGGGCGAGUUCGGCGUCCGCAACGUGCACACCACCGACUUCCCCGGCAACUACCCCGGCUACGACGACGCCUGGGACCAGCAGCGCUUCGAGGAGGAGUUCCGCGUGGACGUGGUGGGCGAGGAGGACGGCGUGCUGGAGUUCGACAUGGUGGGCAUCGACGCGGCCAUCGCCAACGCCUUCCGCCGCAUCCUGCUCGCCGAGGUACCAACGAUGGCUGUGGAGAAAGUCUUUGUGUACAACAACACAUCCAUUGUACAGGACGAGAUUCUGGCUCAUCGCUUGGGCCUUAUCCCUAUCCGAGCUGACCCUCGACUCUUUGAAUACAGAAAUCAAGGAGAUGAAGAAGGGACAGAAAUCGAUACACUGCAGUUCCAGCUGAAAAUAAAAUGCAGCCGAAAUCCUCAGGCAGCCAAGGAAUCAUCUGACCCUAAUGAGCUGUAUUUCAAUCACAAAGUGUACAGUAAGCACAUGACGUGGGUGCCCUUGGGGAAUCAGACAGACCUCUUUCCAGAUGCUGACUUCCGACCUGUUCACGACGACAUCCUCAUUGCACUGUUGCGACCUGGCCAGGAAAUAGACGUGCUUAUGCACUGUGUCAAGGGUAUAGGUAAAGAUCAUGCCAAGUUUUCUCCUGUGGCCACGGCUAGCUAUCGACUGCUUCCUGACAUUACUCUCCUGCAGCCUGUUGAGGAUGAGGCAGCUGAGACGUUGCAGAAGUGCUUUUCCCCUGGAGUCAUUGAGAUCCAGAACAUCAAGGGAAAAAAGGUGGCAAGGGUAGCCAAUGCUCGGUUGGACACGUUCAGCAGGGAGGUUUUCCGACAUGAGGGUCUGAAAAACCUUGUGCGCCUGGCAAGAGUGCGAAAUCAUUACAUCUGUCUGGCUUGCCAGAAGCGCAGUGCAAAGGAAGAUGAGGGACAGAAAUGCUGGAGCCAGGUGUGGGCUGAAGCUGCGUGGCGGUGUGCUGACUCGUGUCUCUGUGCAGUUUCAGUGGAGUCUACGGGUAUCUUGCCUCCAGACGUGCUGGUGAGCGAAGCCAUCAAGAUACUGAUGGGCAAGUGUCAGCGCUUCCUGAACGAGCUGGACUCUGUGCCUAUGGAGUGACCAGGGGGCAGCUGAGAAGCUUCUUGCACCUGCCUGCAGGAGUUGGUUCCUCUUCCGUAGGCAAGAGGUUUGAGAUGGGUUUGAGACCUCAGACCAUCUCUUUAAACUUUUAAAUUGUUUGGAAUGAGCCUCAGUGAGGAGAUGGACUAAAAUAAAAGCUUUCCUUUACAG